UGGAAGCCGUCCUGAGGCUUAUGCGAAUGGGACGGCAUACAAAAAUUCCAAAUAAAUAGAUGCCGCUCCAACUUCUGCCUUCUCAGGGGAUGCCUGGUGAACACAGGGGCGUGCAGAUUGGCAAACGAAAAGAAAACUGUUUUGGUCAAAAUAGGAUAUGGCGGCCAGGCUUGGGAGGAAACAACACCACAAUAUUGUGCUGGGAAGCAGUUGUCACCUCUGCUUGGCAUGUGACACUUCUGCAGGCAGCCAGGUAGCCACUGUUGAAUGAUUCUUUGACCUGGUGGAGUCGCCGUCCCCCCGUGCCGGAUGCCGGUGGGCUUCUCAGAGGGAGACCCUGGAGAUCCAGCUCCAAUAGCUUGAAAGUAAUUUUGCGAAGCCCACUGGGUGAGCUUGGCCUAGCCAUCCAAGCUCUCUGCCCGGCCUUCCUCACAGGGUUGUUGUGAGGAUAAAAUAAGAGGCGAAGAACUCACAUAGGUGUCCUUAUGCUCUUUGUAGGAAGAGUGUGAUAAUAAAAGUAGUAAGCAAGAACUUCUUAAAACAUUAACAUAGCCACCCAAGACCCCAAGAAAACCGAUAGCCACAAUUCAAAUGCAUCUCUCCCCUCGGAUAGGAAAUUGCUGCAAACUGGAAAAGAAAUCAGUAAUACCAAACAUGGCAAAGAUGAUGAUUAUUUUGUGUUUGUUUGCAAAAAGCUUUGCCGGACUCCUGGGAAUAGAAAUUGCUUCUGCUUCUGUCUUUUCCAUUAUUCUAUUAUUCAAGUCUGGGUUGCUUUUGGCAUUGUUGCCUGCCUAUCAAAAUUGCAGCUGUACGAACCAAUCUAGAAGCGAAUGAAACGGGGUAGCCACCCCGAUUCCCUCCUAGCCAACGCCUAAGAAGUGACAACUUGAACAACUCGCACAGAAGGCUAAAGGUUCGCUGAGCGGAAGCCCGACUCUUGCGAGAACAGUAAGUCCUGCAUUUUACCUUUGCUUGGGAAGCUGAGUUUGGAUUUUGACUGCUUACCUUUAACUUCAGUGGUUUGUAGAAUCUGCCUCAUUUGGAUACGGUAACCUAUCAUUCUCACCCGUCUCUUUCACAUACGCACACGCAAUAUGGGAAUAAUACUGACCCACGUUACAGGGUUGUGGUAAGGUGGGUGUCCUCCAGACCCUUGAUCCUGAGGUUAAUGGCCAGGAAUGCUGGAGAUCGUAGUUCCAAUCUUCUGGAGGACACCAUGCUGGUGGCUUAGAAAAAGUAUGCAAGGCACUAGCAUUUUUUGAAAUGGCGGAGAGUUAUUUAUUUAUCCCAUCCACCUGGGAAAAAGAGCUGUGGGGCAGUUAUUUUUGAAGAUAAAAGUAAAGUAAUUUCUUGUCCCUUCAAAACCAUUGCUUUGGUACAGUAACCGAGGUGGAGUUCUUUAAUUUGUAGGAGAAAAAUGAAGCACUUCAGCUGUUGCGCAUUAUAGAAAUGAAAGAAAUACUUCUAUAGAAAUCCAUAUGGUGUGAAUACCCGGCAUCUGUGUCCUUAGCAUGUCUAUAUUUAUUAUUGUGGAUAAUUUAUUAUAUUAUUGUAGUAAGUUGUUGUGCACCACCCAGAGAGCUUCUGGAUGGCAUAGAAAAGAAAAUAAUGAUGAAGAUGAUGAUAAGAAGUAAUGAUAACAAUCGUAAUAAUUAUAACAACGGCUGCUCAGCCAGUUCUUCCUCCACCUUGCACUCAGUCAAACCGGUGCUGCACACCACAAACACCUGUAGCAAACCUUUCCAGAAACAACCAUCAGCACCCCCGGUUUGAUUUCUCGGUUCUUCUGAACUGGGUGUGUGGGGAGCCAGCCGCAAAGGGGCUGAUCCUGGUAGAUUUUGCCCGCUGGAUUGCUUGCAACAUGGGAGCCCCCUGCGCUGGGGGGGGCAGAUUUAUCACCCAGCCUGAGGGCCAACACCCCCAUCUUAAAGACGUAAUGCCUGUCCUUCAGCAGCACGUUUUGUGGAGUAUGUGCCGCUUCGCCUGUUCUGUGGGAUGCUCUCCUAAAAGCAUCGGGACGGACCAGCCCACGAGGGUAACGUUCCGUGUAUGGCGGCAAAGCGGUGCCUUGUCCGCAGAAGCUCAUGGCUUAGUCUUUGGGGUGACAUAAGACCUGUCCCUCCAGGCCUCGCCUGGCAGCCCUCCCGUUCCUUGCUCUUUUUCCUGGUCGCUUUAGACCGGUCCUUAAUUCCCAGAGCUUUAGGGUGGGCCUGCGAAGAGCCCGUGUGCUGAAAGGGAGAGAGAGAGUUCCCCUCUUUGGCUUCCAGGCCCCUGGACUCGUCCUUGUUCCCGCGGCCAUGUCGGGGAUCCUGGGCAAGAUGCGGAAACUUGGCAGCUCAGACCUGGAGGAGUCCGAAUCCACGGACGACCACACGGACGGCGAGGAGUCGGCGAGCGGCACCCCCAAGGUGGCCAAGCACAACAUCUUCAUGCGGCGCGCGCGAUUCGGCAUCGGGGACUGCGAGAAGGACAUGGCCCCCAUGGACUCUUUCUACCAGGUGGACCACCUGGUCUCCAGCCCCAUCAUCAAGUUCAGCCUCAGCGUGGAGAGGGGCAGGUGUGAGAACCACUGCGCCAGCAAGCUUCUCUCCAAGGCCUCCCUCGACGUGCGUGCGGAGAAGGCGUGCCGGAUCUACGACCGAAGGAGGCUGUUCGAUGCCGUGGCCCAGGGAGACCCCAGUGAGCUGGACGACCUGCUGAUCUACCUUCUGGAGUCCCUGAAAAGUCUGACCGAUGAUGAGUUCAAAGAGCCGGACACGGGGAAGACCUGCCUGCUGAAAGCCAUGCUGAACCUCCACAACGGCCGGAACGACACCAUUCCCCUCCUGCUGGAGAUCGCCGAGAAGACGGACAACCUGAAGGAGUUUGUGAACGCCGAGUACACGGACAGCUACUACAAGGGUCAGACGGCGCUCCACAUCGCCAUCGAGAGGCGGAACUUGUACCUGGUGAGCCUGCUGGUCAAGAACGGCGCGGACGUCCACGCGAGAGCCCACGGGGAGUUCUUCCAGAAGAUCAAAGGACGGCCCGGGUUCUAUUUUGGUGAGCUGCCCCUCUCCUUGGCUGCCUGCACCAACCAGCUCAACAUCGUCAAGUUCCUCCUGGAGAAUCCGUACCACCCUGCCAACCUGGCGGCGCAGGACUCCAUGGGCAACACCGUCCUGCACGCCCUGGUGGAGAUCGCCGACAACACGGAGGACAACACCAAGUUCGUCACCAAGAUGUACAACGACAUCCUCAUCCUGGGAGCCAGGAUCGAGCCCACCCUGAGGCUGGAGGACAUCGCCAACCGCCGAGGGCUGAUGCCGCUCACCCUGGCAGCCAAGACCGGGAAGAUACAGGUCUUUGCCUACAUCCUCAGGCGAGAGAUGAAGGAGCCGGAGUGCCGCCACCUCUCGCGCAAAUUCACCGAGUGGGCGUACGGCCCCGUCCAUUCCUCGCUCUACGACCUUUCCAGCAUCGACACCUGCGAGAAAAACUCUGUCCUGGAGAUCAUCGCUUACAGCAGUGAGACACCGAACCGCCACGAGAUGCUGCUGGUGGAGCCGCUCAACCAGCUGCUCCAGGACAAGUGGGACCGCUUCGUGAAGCACCUCUUCUACUUCAACUUCGUCGUCUACGCCGCCCACAUCCUCAUCCUCACCAUGGCUGCCUACCACAGGCCCACGAGGAGGCACGGGAAGCCUCCCUUCGCGUUCCAUCACACGACCGACGAGUAUCUGCGGGUCACCGGGGAGCUGCUGAGUGUCCUGGGGGGCGUCUAUUUCUUUUUCAGAGGGAUCAAAUAUUUCCACCAGAGACGCCCGUCCCUGAAGGCCAUCUUCACUGACAGCUACAGCGAGCUCCUUUUCUUCAUCCACUCGGUCCUCCUCCUGGGCUCGGCGGUGCUGUACUUCAGCCGGCAGGAACUGUACGUUGUCUUCAUGGUGUUCGCCCUGGCGCUGGGCUGGACCAACUUGCUGUACUACACCCGCGGCUUCCAGCAGAUGGGCAUCUACUCCGUGAUGCUGGAGAAGAUGAUGCUGCGGGACCUGUGCCGCUUCAUCGUCGUGUACCUGCUUUUCCACCUGGGCUUCUCGACAGCCGUGGUGACCCUGAUCGAGGAGGAGGAUGUGCAGAACGAGCUGAACCAGACAGGCAGCCAGUGCUGCUCCUGCCAGGUGAGACGCUGCCUCUCCUACAACAACCUCUACUCCACCUGCCUGGAGCUCUUCAAGUUCACCAUCGGCAUGGGCAACCUGGAGUUCACCGAGAACUGCUACUUCAAGUCCAUCUUCGUCAGCCUGCUGAUCGUCUACGUCAUCCUCACCUACAUCCUCCUCCUGAACAUGCUCAUCGCCCUGAUGGGCGAGACCGUCAACAAGAUCGCCCAGGAGAGCAAGAGCAUCUGGAAGCUCCAGCGUGCCAUCACCAUCCUGAACAUCGAGAACAGCUACUGGAGGUGCAUCGUCGACCCCUUCCGUUCCGGGAAGCAGGUCCUGGUGGGCACCACCCCUGACGGCAAGGACGAUUACCGCUGGUGCUUCAGGGUGGACGAGGUCAACUGGUCCACCUGGAACACCAACCUGGGCAUCAUCAACGAAGACCCGGGUGGAUACAGCGAGGAGCUGAAGCGGAACCUGAGCUUUUCGUUCAAGUCUGGCAGAGCCCUGUCUUAUGAUUUUUGGAUGUGUGAACUGUUGGAAGAUGCCGUGCGAGUUCACGAAUUUGCAGCGCUUCUGUCUUUCGUGGUGAACCGUACCAGUUCCUUCUCAGGGACGGCUUCCCCAGUGACUGUCCCUCCCAGGAUUCUCAGAAAUUCUUUGACAGCACCCGGAGGCAUGAGCCCAAAAGCGUCUCCCCUGCCCGACUUGAAGAACCAGAUUUUCAUUCAUCAGCUCUGCCUCAUGGAAGUGUUGCCGGCCUCACCUCACCCGUGCCUGUUUGAUGGAGAUCAUCCCUGAACGGAAGUCAGGAUGGACGUGCCUUUUCCAGCCCUGACUAAUGGGCCAUUCACAGCGAAGAGUGGGACCAAAACUCCACUUCAUGGGGCUUACGUAACAUUUCCUCUUUUUCCUUAAAAGGAUGUGGCUGGGAAUAGGGAAAGCCGGGCUGUUUAACACACGCCGGAUUCUGCUCGGAAGUCCGUUUUCCUCUUUGCUUCCAAUUUUGUCUGUGUUUCCUCUCAUUCAGAGUUCAGAAAGGGCAAGUUUCUGCCUGUGUUUUUUCUAUCUCAUCCAUGUAUCUUCGUAUUUAUAUACUGCCCCAUUUCCCCCCCAAAAUGCACCGUUUUCCCCUACUGACUCGAAUCAUGAAAAGGCAGUUUAAUUUUUGAACAAUGCUCAUUUGAGGCAUUUCAGAGGGGAAACCCCCAGUUUCCAAAUGUGAUUGCGAGUUUGGGAACGUGUGAGAUUUGAGGGGCAGGACGUGCGGGCACUGAGAUGGCGAGCAGGGCAAAUUCUGACAAUUUGUGAACGAAAUUUGCAUGGAGAGUGGAGUCCGCAGCAGCUCAGACUUUGAGGUUUAAGGUCCACAGAGAAGACCCUGUCCUGGUGAUAAAAGGCCCUGCCGGAUCAGACCCAAAGUCCAUCCAGUGCGGCACACAAGACGGCAAACCAGCUGCUCACAGGAUCCCCCAGCCAGGCUGAGCACAAGACCUCCUCCUUCCCAGGAUCCUCAGCACUUGGGGCGUUCAGGUGCUCCUGGGAAAGGCGGUCGCACGUGGCCAGCAAGGCUAGUAGCCAGAGAGCCUCUUCCUCCUCGAAUCUGGCCAGUCCCCCUUUGAAGUCAUCCAGACUGGUGCAGGUUUUAUCUUGUUCUGCUUGCCACUAGUUGUUAAACCUUAGGAGAAGUGAUUCAACCUUUAGAAAGACAGAAAAACUGUGGAGACGCCAGGGGAUCCUAAAGUGCUCAGUGGCUAAGGAAAUGGGGAACAAUUCGGCAGAAGGCCUACGCACCUGAAGACCCCCAUGAGGGCUGGAGUUAACCCUUGGUCCUGAGGUUCUGUCUCCUCAUCAAAUGGAGAUAAUCAGACCGGCCUACCUUAUAGGGCUGGUCUCUCGCAACUUCUGAAGGUAGAAUAUUCCAAGUUAGCAGGUGACUCCAGAUCAACGGGACUCCUUAUCCAUUGCAGCCGUUCUUCUGAGCUUUCUAGCAGUCUUCCAUUGGUGAUGGAAUGUGGCUCCAAGGGAUCGCUCUGGGAGCUCAGGAUAAAAGCUGCCUUGUAUUAGGAGCACCGCUGACAUAGGAAUCGCCCGCUUCCCCCGUUGCUACUCUUAUUAGGGUGGGAAAUUAAUUGGCCUGGCCCGGCCCUGAAAAAUACAACCAGCAAUAUCUAAUGGAGAGCUUUCUUUGAUUGCAAUGUUCCGCUUUACCAAC